AGAUGUUCCUGCUUAUAAUAACAUUGUUUGCAUUAAGCUAUGCCACAGAGCUGAAUCUAGAUAGAGACUUGUCCACUUCAAGUCGCUCAACCUGCAGAACCUGAGUCAAAAGCUCUUCACAAAGAUGGUGUUCCAUAACUGGGAAUUAUCAAUACUAUGGAGACUGAUGCUAUUCUUGGGAUUACUCUGGCUAUUGCUCAGGUAGCAGUAGCUACGUUUGUUCGAACUCAAGUAAUAUUGGCGGUAAUGGAGGGCUCAUACUGUGCCCAUAUAGUUCAAGUGAUUGCAACUCGAGAACAAAAACAAUAUACUACACCGGAAUAAAUUACACUCUGUCUAAUACCUACAUUGAUUCGAGUUCUGUGUGCAGCUAUAUAGUUCAAACAAGCAACAGUUCCAUCAAAAGUCUCGAAAUCUAUGUUUCGAGCAGAACAAAUACCAACCUGACCGUGUACACUGGACCCAGCGGCCAGAACAAGUACUCCUACAAUGAUUGGCUGUACAGUGGAGAGAAGAAGAAUGUGACCUUUGACGAUGACAAUAACGUCUACAUUGUUGCGGAGCCUUCAAGUUCUUAUAAUGGUUUUGAUAUCUAUCUCAAGGCUUCUAAAUACUCUUCCUCCUCCUCCUCCUCUUCUUCAGAUGAUUCUGAAUCCUCAAACACAAUCUGGAUUGUCUUGGGUAUUAUCCUUGGUAUCUGUUUCCUUGUUUGAUGCAUUGGGACAAGCUUGCUGAUUUGAUCAAUGUGAAGUGGUAAAAGCAAAGGAGCUGUUCAUACUAAUAGCAAAGUUAGUCCAGAUCAGCCUCAGCCUCAGCCAAACGUAUACCCCAAUGAUCCAAACUUUAACAACAAUUAUACGGGCAACCAACCAAUGAAUCAAUAUGCAGGGAACCAGACAGCUCAAAUGCAACCUGCCCCUGGAGCCAAUACCUCCUACCAACUUACCAACAUGAAUUAUUCCCAGGCUCAUAUGAAUCAGCAUCCACAGUAUGCGAACUCAGUAAUGGUACCCUUUGAAAACCCCCCCUAUCCACCCCAUCAAAACAACCCACCUAACAACAUAGCCGCACCUCCCGCUCCCCAAAAGUAGCUCUCUAUUCCUAAAAAAAUCCUCUAAAAUCCCUUUCAUCUCCCUUCUAUUCCUUCUACAACCUAUCUACUAUUAAACCCAAAUAUCCAAUCAAGUCCU